AAAUAAAUCUCUUGACCUUGAUUAGUCGACUCUUGAUUUGACUCUCCGUCUUGCAGACUAUCUCUCAUUUUGGUGGUCUCAUGAACUAACUAUCCAAAUCACUUAGCAUUGAUCCUAUGACACCCAUCAACUGAUGACAAACCAAGUUGUUUUGAAGUAUGAAAAGCUAGAGAAAAUUGGAGAAGGUACAUAUGGUAAAGUCUAUAAAGCGAGAAACCGUGAGACACAUGAAAUUGUUGCACUUAAACGUGUCCGACUAGAAAAUGACGAUGAAGGUAUUCCCAGUUCAGCUUUUCGAGAAAUAUGCCUCUUAAAAGAACUUAAACAUAAAAACAUUGUCAGACUUUUUGACGUCCUGUUAAGCGAGUCAAGACUAACAAUUGUAUUUGAAUAUUGUGAUCAGGAUUUGAAGAAAUACUUCGACAGUUGUAAUGGUGAUAUAGAUCAGAAUACUGUAAAGCUUUUUAUGUUCCAACUUCUACGUGGUCUUCAGUUUUGUCACAGUCACAACGUUUUACACCGAGACUUGAAGCCACAAAAUCUACUGAUCAAUGAUAAUGGAGAGUUAAAGUUGGCUGAUUUCGGUCUGGCUCGCGCAUACGGAAUACCCGUGCGACAAUACUCAGCAGAAGUUGUCACACUCUGGUAUCGACCACCAGAUGUUCUUCUUGGAGCUAAAUUAUACACAACUUCAAUUGAUAUGUGGUCAGCUGGUUGUAUUUUCGCUGAAAUGUCCAAUGCUGGAAGACCACUUUUUCCUGGUUAUGAUGUUGAUGAUCAAUUGCAGAGAAUUUUUAAGUUAUUAGGAACUCCGACUGAAUCAACUUGGCCAUCUGUUGUUGAAUUACCCGACUAUGAACCAUUUACUAUGAUGUAUCCUCGUACAAUGAAUUGGCAUCAAGUUGUUCCGAAAAUGUCAUUUCGUGGUCGUGAUUUAUUACAACAACUUGUUGUUUGUAAUCCAUCUGAUCGAAUAUCAGCUGAUCAAGCAUUAAAACAUUCAUAUUUUGAGAGUAUUCUGUGAUAUUAAUUUUAAUUGAACAAAACAAACAUGAAUCAAUAAAUUUUGUUUUUCUUUUUUCGAAAAAAAAUUCAAAUCAAUUUGAAAAUGAGAGGGAAAAAAUAAAAAUUUAAAAGAAAUCAAACAAAAGUUUGUCGAUUGAAUAUUUACAUGUAGAAUGGAAUAAUAAAAUCCUAGAAUCUUCUUCCGAAAAAGUUCAAUAUUCUCAACAUUGAUUAUUGAUUUUUUUGGUUAGAUAACUUUUGUAUAGAUUAAAAUCAAACAAGU